AUGCCAAAUACAAAAUCAAAGCUUUCAAUAGCUAUACAACAAGCAGAUAAUUUAGAGGCAUCUCAACAACAACAACAGCAGCAGCAGCAACAGCAACAGCAAAAUCAGCAAUCACAAGAUCAACAUCAUCAUCACCAUAAUCAUCAUUACAAUCAUAAUCUGUAUCAGCAUCGUAAUAGUUUACCACAAAAUGAACAACCAAAACAAAAACAUCAUUUUAGAUCAAAAAGUGGGGGUUUUUUCAAAUCAAAUGGAUUUUCCAAUAUUAAUAACAGUAACAAUAGCAUCAAUAACAAUACAAAUAAUAUAGAUAUAAUUAAAAAAUCACCAACAGAUGAUAACUUUUCAGAAUCACAAAAUGGUUUAAAUUUUAGACCAAUACCACUGCCAUCAUUAUUACCAAAUUUAAUACAACAUAGUUCACCUUAUGUAUCAACAACUCCAUCUUCUGCUAAACAUUUUAAACCUGAAUUAUCACCAUUAAAAACAAAUUUUGAUGAAGAAAAACGGCAUAGUUUUAUUGAAUCUGGUGAUGAUGAACAUGGAAAAUCAGAUGAUGAUGAUGAAUAUGAAUUAGAAUUAAAAUCAUCAAAAGGAAGUCAUUAUCAUUUACAUCAUCAUUAUCAUAUGGAAGAAGAUAAAAAGAGAAGGAAAAAAGAAGAAAAAGAAUUAAAAGAAGAAACUCCAAAAAAGGAACAACUGAUUCAAGAAGAAGUUGGAGAAGAUGAAGAUGAUGAAGAUGAAGAUGAACCAGUAAACCCAGCAGAUGAAGAAGAUUUAAAAGAUUAUGUACCAGGAGGUUAUCAUCCUUGUUAUAUUGGUGAAGAAUAUAAAAAUGGUAAAUAUGUAUUAGUACGAAAAUUAGGUUGGGGUCAUUUUUCAACAGUAUGGUUAGCAAGAGAUAAUGAUAAACAAUGUCAUGUUGCUGUAAAAGUAGUUCGAUCAGCAAAACAUUAUACAGAAACAGCAAUUGAUGAAAUUAAAUUAUUAGAUAAAGUUACAACAUCAGAUAUACAUCAUCCAGGUCAUCAACAUGUUAUACAGUUAUUGGAUACAUUUACACAUACUGGCCCAAAUGGAGUUCAUGUUGUAAUGGUAUUUGAAGUAUUGGGUGAAAAUUUAUUAGGUUUAAUUCGUCGAUAUAAACAUAGAGGAAUACCCAUUGUAUUUGUAAAACAAAUUGCAAAACAAUUAUUAUCAGCAUUAGAUUUUUUACAUAGAAAAUGUGGAGUUAUUCAUACAGAUUUAAAACCUGAAAAUAUAUUAAUAGAGAUUGGAGAUGUUGAACAAAUUGUAAGAAUGGUUGAACAAGAAAAUGUUCAAAAAAAAUUACAAAAAAAAUUACUGAAACAAUCAAAAGGAUCAACUCCAAAUAGUUCAUAUAGUAAUGUUAAAGAAACUACAAAUAACAAUGGAAAUAAUUCAUCAACAACUUCAAUGCUUUCACCAUCAUUAGGAAGGUCAGGUAGAAGAUCUAGAAGACAAACUUUAAUUACUGGAUCACAACCAUUACCAUCACCACUUCGUACAUUUAAUAAAUCAUUUACCAGUAUAUAUGGAUUCUCAACAACUACAGCAAAUACUCCAGUAAAAAGUAUGUCAAUUACAAAAGAUACCAAUCAAGGUCUUGAAACAACCGCAGAACAUCACGAUGAAGAUAAUAUAGAUGAAAAUACAUUAAACAAUUCAUUAUCAUCAAUGUCAAUAUCAAAUUCAAAUAGUUAUCAAGCAGCAAAUGUAGAUCCAAUGGAAAUUCCCAAUGAUUCUAAUUUUAGAUUAGAUGAAAAUUCAACAACAAAAUUAAAUGAUAUAAUAAAUGAAGAUGAAUUAAUUUCCGUUAAAAUAGCAGAUUUAGGUAAUGCAUGUUGGACAAAUCAUCAUUUUACAGAUGAAAUUCAAACUCGUCAAUAUAGAGCUCCAGAAAUAUUAUUAGGUUAUCAUUGGGGUUGUGCAAGUGAUUUAUGGUCAUUUGCUUCAUUAAUUUUUGAAUUAUUAACAGGAGAUUAUUUAUUUGAUCCAAGAGAUGGUAAAACUUAUUCAAAAGAUGAUGAUCAUAUAGCACAAAUUAUUGAAUUAUUAGGAGAAUUUCCAAGAAUGAUGUUAAAAGAAAGUUAUUAUUCAAGAGAUUUUUUUAAUUCAAGAUAUGAUAUGAGAAGAAUUUCAAAAUUAAAACCAUGGAGUUUAAAAGAAGUUCUAAUUGAAAAAUAUAAAUUUUCAAUAAGUGAUUCUAUAGAAAUUUCAGAAUUUUUAUUACCAAUGUUAAGUUUACAACCAGAAGAUAGAGCAGAUGCAGGAGGGAUGAUUAAUCAUCCAUGGUUAAGAGAUGCAUUAGGAUUAGAAAAUGUUGUAUUAGAAAGACCUGUUGGUGGAUCUGGUGAAGAUAUUCCUGGUUGGUCAAAAGAAUUAACUUUGACAAGACUGAGUAAAAAAAAUUCAUCUGUUAAUUUAAAUAAGCAUUAUAAUUUUAAUUGA